AUGGCCGCCCUAGAGUUAGGUGAAACUUUUGACGACGAGAAGAAGGUCGACGUUAUAACAAGCAGUGUCAACGAAUCUGAAAUCGACUUGCUGUCUUAUCACGAGCACAAUGCUGGUCGCCUCGUCAUCGACCCAUUGGAGGCCAAGCUAGAAUUCGGUGAAGCUGUUGCGACAAAACUUAAGCUUACAAGUGAUGGAACGAAAGUACUAUGGCCUCAACCUACAGAUGAUCCAGAGGAUCCACAAAACUGGAGCGACGGUCGCAAAGCCGUUCAGUUGCUUAUCGCCACUCUGGCUGCCGUUGUACCAGAUUUCGACUCUGGUAUAGGGGUUGCGGCACUCUUCCCGCUAUCUAAGCAGUUCAAUACCACGACAGGGGAAAUCAACGACUUGACAUCCAACUGGAGUAUCUUUCUUUUGGGCUUCGGUAGUAUAUUUAGUGUGAUGCUCAUGAGACGCUUUGGACGCCUUCCCAUCCUUUUCUGGUCGCAGCUUCUAGCUCUUCUGUUCUUGAUUGGAUGUGCAGUAGCUCCCAAUUUGAAUACCUUUACAGCAAUGCGCUGUUUGACUGCAUUCUUCGGGACAUGCCCACAAGUGACUGGACUAUAUAUUGUGACAGACAUAUAUCCCUUCCAUCUACAAGCGCGUAAGCUCAAUAUCUGGACCAUGGGAUUCGUCGUAUCUCCGUUCCUUUCGCCAUUCUUGUUUGGUUUCCUUGUUGCGAAAGCAAGCUGGAGAUGGGCCUACGGGAUAGGAUGCAUCUACGGAGGCUUGGUCCUGUUCCUGAUCAUUUUUUUUGGCCAGGAAACACUAUACGAUCGGACUGUCAAACCUAUCCCAAAACGACCAACCGACGGCAUUCGGUAUCGCAUCGAAAGUUUACUGGGAUUGACAGGUGUCAAAAUGGCAAAGUUUAGAUCUGCCUGGUGGGACGUUAUUAUUUGCCCUUUCAAUGUUGUCUGGCGGCCCCAGCUACUGGGUAUCCUUGUUUUUGAGGCAGUGGUUUUUGGUUUCUCGGCUGGUCUCAAUGUCACCAACGUGGUUUUUUUUGGAACCGCCCCACCUUUAGGCUUUGGCUUUGACCAGAUCAUCACCGCUGCAUUCUAUGCUACACCCAUCGUUGGCGUCCUCCUUGGUGAAUUAAUUGGACGAUAUCUCAAUGACUGGAUUAUGCGUAUUAGCAUCCGCCGAAACAAAGGUGUCUUCGAAGCUGAAAGUCGACUGUGGGCUUGUUAUGUGGCUAUGCCUUUGUAUGUCUGCGGAUUCGUCACUUUGGGCUCGGGCUUGGAAAAACUCAGCGUUCCAGCUGUCAUUAUGGGGUGGGGCAUAGCGCAGAUAGCCGUCAUGGUUAAUACUGUCGCUGUGUAUGCCUAUUGUAACGACUGCUUCCCGAAACAACAGGGCGAAAUUAGUGCGCUUGUUAAUCUCGCCAGAACCCUUGGAGGUUUCAGUGUCGCCUAUUUCCAAGUACCAUGGGCAAACAAAGACGGAGCUAUGGAGACUUUCGGCUGUGAAGCUGCCGUGGCUAUUGGUUUAGGUAUCCUGAGUGUACCCUUUGUCCAGAUAACGGGCAGACAUUUAAGACAACGUUUUUCUUUAUAAAACCUUCCCCGGGUAACACACUAGAUACUGCCUGCUCCGUGCAGAGGGUGGAAUGUGUGAUGAACAUGUUUUUUUUGUGUGUCGUGUAAGUCUGUAUACUUGUAUAUAUAGCGUUGAUCGUAGACUUUUAUUCUUUGUGGACAAUGCCAUCUCCAUGUGCGUGGUAGGGG